AUGUCCCACCUUUUCUAUUCCGAUGAAGAGCCAAUCUUUACCUCGAAGGAGGACGCUUCCCGCAACGCGUCACUCGUGGGGGAGGCGGAGCCACCCCCCAAUACGGUGACACCCGCCAACACUAGUACAAGCGCCAAGGAUCAUUUAGCAUCCUCCAAUGCAACUACUGUUGAGCACCAGAUAAAGCUCUUGCCACAACCACUGCCGCUUGUGGCACCAGACCCCGGGCCACCUGCCGAAUUCAUCUCGGUGAACUCACCUGGCGCCCAACCAAAGGCGUUCUCGGUGCGCGGCGCACCCUCUCCAAAGAAGGCUGCGUCCGACGUCCCUGUCGCCAAGUUGAGGGGUGCCGCGAAUGCUGGUGGUGCGCCUGGCACCCGGAUCGCCAACAGCACGUGCUGCAACGGCCCCUCUGCCAGCAACGAUGACGACUCGCUGGACAGCUGUGGUAUUCCCCGAUACAAUGUCCGCUACCCUGAGGGUGGCAGUGGUGCCCACGGUGACGUGAGUGUGCCGUGGCACCUGCGUCCGUCCACGCGGCGCAUGCACUGCACCUUCUUCGACUCCCUGCGAGCGCCUCAGUUUUGGCGUCAGGUCGAGUUUGCCGCCCGCAUCACGGUUCUGGCGGUGCUCGUGCCUAGCGCGUUGAUCGCAGCGAAACUUCCCGGUAGCCCCUUUGUGUCCCCCUUCAUGGUUUUCUCGUCAACGUUGCUGGCGGCGAAGCGGACGUCUGGGGAGGUCAUCGCGUACCUUGUCAGCUGGAUUCGCGCCGGCUGCUUCUGGCUGCCGCUGUCCGUCAUCGCGGGGGCGCUGAACCUCGGCCACCACAUAACUGGCUGGUGUAUCUAUUACACAGCUAUGCUGUUCAUCAUGGGCACCUUCAGCGAGGGCAUCGUACGGCGGAUCUGCCUGCUUCUUUUCAAUAGCUGCGCCAUUGGGCUCCUAGUCGACAAGAACCACGGUGCUAUUUUUCCGUGCCGUGUUAUGGUGGACUGGUGCAUCGGCACUGGACUUUGCGUCGUGGUCGCCUUCUUUCCCUACCCCCUCUUCUGCAAGAAUGAGGCGCAGCGGCUCCUCCGCGACAUCAGCCGCAACACCGCCACUGCGUACCGCGGCCUUGUCUACUCCUUCUGGAGUCCGUCCAACGUGGAGCGCAACAUAGCUAUGUCGAAGGUGCGCAUCAUGACCGACUCCCUCGACGAGCUGAUGCCGCUGUUUGAGCACUACCAGGGCUUCUCCUUCUAUGAGUGGUUCUUCGAGUCUGCCGAAGUGCGUGAGAUUCGCGCGCUCAAGUUUGCCCUGCUGGAGCGCCUGCGUCUCAACCUCAGCAGCAUGAUGCGUGUGCUGGACAUGGUCGAGGCAAAGCCGAGCGCGAUCGACGACUCCGACUCCUCCAGGGCGUUUGGCGAACUGCUAAAUCCACACCUCAACGUUGUUGCCGAGGUUUUCGACGAACUCUUGGACCUGCUAACCCACGCCAAGACGCGCAAGGCUCUGCUGGACCUGCAUGAACGCUUCGAGUACUUUGCCGACCGCACCGACAACCUGCAGGACGCGUACAAACUGGCACGCCGCAUGAUCUUCUAUGAGUACACCUCCGGCGUCUUGGAGGAGUUCGUUCCACUCAUGACUUUCUAUCUCUUCACAGUGGUCUGCGUCCGCGACACGAUCGACAUCUUCCAGAUCAAGGUCAAGGCGCACCGCCCGAGCGUAGUGGGCACCAUCGAGCAGGUUUGGAUCAAGACGGCGUGGGAGCCCCUGAAGGAGAACCUGAACUUCCUCAGGAAGCUUGUCACGGAGUGGAACCGCCGAGAAAUCCAGCGUGUCAUCGAGGCCGCCAAGGUGAGCGGGGCGAUGAUCUUGACAGUCGGUUUCUCCUACCUAAUUAAGAUCGACAAGGCUGUCCUCUCUGGCCCAAGCAUUAUCGCCUUCGUCUCCGGCGCAAACCCAGUCGAGGCAGUGCAGGAGUCCAUUGUACGUCUGACCGGCUGCUUGCUUGGUACGGUGCUCGGCUUCUUCGCUGGUACCUACUCGGAGACCCCGGUGCAGCGCGUCGCCUCGUUGUGCACCCUGAUGUUCGUUGGUACGUUCCUGCGCUUUGACAAGGAGUACGGCGUCAUGGCUGUGUACGGUAUGUUUGUUCUCAUCCCACUUAUCUCGAUUGCAGAGACGACGGUGGAGGACGCAGUGGCCCGCAUGAACCAGAACACGUUCGGCAUCUUUAUCUACCUCUUCGUGAGCGUGCUGGUGCUGCCGUUGUCGCCCAGCCUCAUCUUGCGCGCGAAACGCAGCAACGUACUGCGCUGCAUGGGCUCGGUGGUCUCAAACAUGAUGGACCUCUUCAGUGCGCCGCUGGCGAACGACCCCACCGUGGUAGACUACUCCCGCACGGAGCACAACGAAACAGAGUCGGAGAUGUCAUCGAAGAACGUGGGCGAUGAGAAGCACCCGAUACCGCGACGCAAUACGCUCACGAACCGCUCCCUGCACCUGCUGUCCAAGGCAGAUACCGCCAUGCUGCGGAUUGACGCACAGCUGGUCGACCUUAUACGUCGUCUCAAGGGCACAAAGGAGAUGAUGAAGUUCGCGCGGGAUGAACGGACGCUCGUCGACAUCGACUACCCGAUCAAGUCCUGUGAGCAAACGUACCGGCACAUGUACCGCAUGGCUAUGCUGCUCCAGACAAUGUGGAUGAGCUGGAACGUCAUUCGUAGUCAGUCCAUGUACACAGAGGGCACGCGCCACAUGAUGCGCAACCUGCAGCCUGUGGCCCACGACGUCGCCGGCGCCUUCCAGCGCUUUGUAGACCUCAUGUGCUACACGAUGCGCGAGCCGUCAAUCAACCUGGAGGGUGACAUCACGAAGGCCGUCCUCGAUCUGAUCGAGACCGCUGACGUGCUGCAGUGUCGAAAGAGUCAGAUUAUGCUCAUGCUUAUCAACCAGUCCGUGCAGAGCUACGUAGAGGCGGAUGAUUCCCGCGGCGUCUCGUGCGGCACUAAUGGUAAGACCUCGGAUUCUAGCACCCACAGACAGCCACACAUCCGCGACUCUGAGAAGCGCGAGCAGAAGUCUAGACAGGAGGCUGCGACAGUGAGCACAUCUGGUGGCGACCCGCUAAAGCCGCACUCGCCGCUUCGUUCUCCAGGGCUCCGCUACUCAUAUUCGCUUGGCUGCGAUAUCUCACAGUGCAGCACGCACCCUUUCUCAACCAUGGCGCACACGCCUGGUAUUCCACGGGUUGCCACGUUCGACGACAUAUUCAACCGCUUCACCCCCCUCACCCCUGUAACGGCGCGGGCGAGUCAGGGAUGCAGCUUUCAGGCGCUCGCCCCGGGGCGCAGUGUGCCUGUGAUGCCGCACCUGCGCAGGCCAAGCACACCAGAUGUCUUAGAGCAUCGGAACCACCCAACCACCCCUGUGCGUCUCCCGGAGACUUUUCAGUUUCCGAUGACAUCGGAGGAUGCAGAGGGCUUGCACGCUUUCACGCUGUCCAUGGAGAUGUUCGCCAACGAAACGAAGUUGCUCAUGAUGAGCAUUGGUGUUAUGCUUGACAACGUACGCUCUAAGCUGUGA